GACUGAUGACGGUGUAGGGUCCGGGGUCUGUAGCCUGGAUAGGAGGUUGUGUUUUCGUUAUAGAGCGCUAUAGCUAAUCAAUACAGCUCCAUUAACACUGUUUAUACCCUGUUUACACCUAAUUUACAGCAGCAACAGCACGUGCGGAGUGUUUAACAGUAUGAUACGGGUCAUAUUCAGCUGGAAUAAUAAAUAAUAGACUGGUACUCGGGCUGUUUUUCACUGUUGGCAGCAGGAGAGCUUCUUCUCGUGCAGGCUCUGAACUAUGAGAAUAAAUGAAAAUACUUUACUAGAAGGGAAGAAUGUUGUUCUGGUUCCCUACAACCCUGAGCAUGUUCCCAGAUAUCACCAGUGGAUGGCCUCUCCUGAUCUUCAGAAGCUCACAGCUUCAGAGCCUCUGACCCUGGAGGAGGAGUAUGACAUGCAGAGGAGCUGGAGAGAAGAUAAUGACAAGUGCACAUUCAUUAUCCUGGACAAGCAGCGAUGGGCAAAUCCCUGCUUUCCAGAGGAGGAGUGCAUGGUGGGGGACGUCAACAUCUUCCUGACGGACCCCAGCGACCCAUCCCUGGCGGAGCUGGAGAUCAUGAUUGCAGAGACAGAUUACAGAGGUAAAGGACUUGGCAAAGAAGUGACGGGCAUGAUGAUGUGCUAUGGGAUCAACAAACUCGGAAUCAGAAAAUUCGAAGUAAAGAUCGGCCUGGACAACAAAGUCAGCAUAGCUAUGUUCAAGAAGUUCCACUUUUACGAGCUUUCCGUCAGCGAGGUGUUUCGGGAAGUCACUCUGGGCGUGACGGUGAACCAGGCACUACAGGAGCACCUGCUGGUCACUGUGGACUUUAUGCAGGAGAGAGAGUAUCAGAAACUGAAGGACUGCAGGCACGGGGGGCAACCUUCUCUACCCAUGCAGGCUUAUCACUGCUGAGGAGAGAUCCUCUGAGCUUUAAUCAGAGAUUUAACGGAAACAGAGCAUCGUAUCUUAUCUGCAGAUCUAUUCCACAGAGCCAGACAGACAGCGGCUGGAGGAAAUGGAGAAAUGUUCCGUCAGUUAUGUUUCCAUCAGCUUUCUGUGCAAAUUACAACCAGUAAAAUGUAAAUGUGUUUCAAUGCUUUCCAUCAGACUGAUUUUUAGUGGUAUUUUAAUUUUUGUGAUAUUUGAAUGUUUGGAUUAAUGGCGUCACUUCAUACAAGAAAACCUGUUGUUGUUGUAUAAGUUUUGUUUUAUUAAUUAAAAAAGGUUAUUUCCAUGUCUAA